AUGGCGACCUCCACACCCAGCCAAGAAGAAGUUGAGGACGAAGAGCCAGAGGGAAGUGAUGAGGAAUCCUUAGAAGAGGAAGUGGAACCUAAACUGAAGUAUGAGAGACUUGGUAAUGACCUCAAUACUAUCCUCAGCAAGGACUGUGCUAGCUGUAUGGCUGUCGACUCAAAGUUCCUGGCAGUUGGAACUCACUGGGGUAUGAUAUACAUACUGGACUACUUAGGCUUCAAUAUAAACUGUAAGGAGGCCGCCGCGCAUUCCACCACUGUCAAUCAAAUUAGUUUGGAUGAUAAUGGGGAUUUCAUUGCUAGCUGCUCUGAUGAUGGUCGGGUGAUGAUAACUGGGAUGUACACUACAGAAAACAAUCAAAGCUUGAAUUUUGAUCGUCCAGUAAAAGCUGUAGCCAUGGAUCCCAGUUUCUACAAACACGGUAGUGGACGACAAUUUGUGACCGGGGAUGAUAAGUUAGUGCUGAAUGAGAAAGGUUUCCUCAACAGACACAAGACUACGAUACUACACCAGGGUGAGGGGCCGGUACGGGAAAUCAAAUGGAAAGGCAGCUUCAUUGCCUGGGCCAAUGACUUGGGUGUUAAAGUCUACGACAUGAGCUCUCGUUCCAGAAUCACUUUCAUCCCUAAAGGCCAUGAGCAUCGAGCAGACCUGUAUAGAUGUAGCAUCUGUUGGAAGGACAGUCGUACUUUCCUAAUUGCCUGGGCAGACAGAGUCAAGGUAUGCAUGGUAAAAGACCGUGUGGAACAGGAUGUCCGAAACCUACCAAACAGAUACGUGGAAAUCUUGGCCAUGUUCACGGUGGACAGCUAUGUGUGUGGUAUUGCACCUCUCCAGGAUGAGUUGGUACUCCUCACUUAUGAGAAAGAUCUGGAAAAGGAGGGAUCUCGCCUUGUUGCGCAGCGGCCUCACCUACAGAUCGUAAAGCCGAGUUUGAAUGACUAUGAGGAAGUUUCCAACGAUGCGUUAUCCAUUCGUGGGUUCCAGGAGUACAAGUGUAAUGAUUAUCACCUUGAGUGCCUUCUAUCAGAGAACCUGUUCUACAUUGUUAGUCCGCGGGAUAUUAUUGCAUCACGACUCUGUGACAUGGACGACCAUAUUUCCUGGUUACUGGACCAUGAUAUGUUUGAGGAGGCCAUGGAAGCAACGCAAAGCAAUGAACAAAAGCUUAGGAAACACACACCACAGCGUGUCGGGCGACAAUAUCUAGUCUAUUUACUGGAGGACCAGCAGUAUGAAGAAGCUGCUCAGCUCUGUGUGAAGAUUCUCCGCAAAGACAAGGAAGCUUGGGAGGAAGUUGUGUACAAGUUCCACAAAAUACAUCAGCUCAAGGUGAUUGCUCCGUAUCUACCUCGUGGAGACCCCCAGCUAGGCCAAGCUAUUUAUGAGAUGGUACUCAAUGAGUUUCUCACCACAGAUAAAGAGACCUAUUUGAAGAUGGUAAAGGAGUGGCCAAGUUACUUGUACAAUGUGAAAACACUUAUAAACUCCACACUUGAAAGGCUGGAUAGUCACCGUGGUGACAAGACAUUACUACAGGCUCUAGGAGAAUUGUAUUCGUUUGAGCGAUCCUUUGACAAAGCUUUGGCAAUAUACAUCAAAUUAAAACACAAGGAUGUAUUCCAGUUGAUUUAUAAACACGACCUUUUCGAUUCCAUCAGCGACAAAAUUAUUCAUUUAAUGGAGUUUGAUUGUGAGCAGGCUGUUGCUAUGCUGAUUGGCAACAUGAAGAAAAUGUCGAUUGACAACGUUGUGCAACAGUUAGAGAAAACUCCGCAUAACUUAUAUGUGUACUUGGACAAGCUGUUCCAGAAAGAUCCCCAGCUCUGUCAAAAGUACCACGGCAAACAAGUGAGAUUGUAUGCAGAGUUUGACAGGCCUCGUCUGCUGUCCUUUUUACGAAGUAGCAAUCAUUACCCCCUCCAGAUGGCACUGGAGGAAUGUGAGAUGAGGGAUUUCAUUCCAGAACAAGUGUUUUUAUUGGGUCGAAUGGGUAACAUUAAGCAGGCAUUAGAAUUGAUAACAUCACGACUUGAGGAUGUGAACCAGGCAAUUGAAUUCUGUAAAGACCAGAACGAAGAGGAAUUGUGGGAGGAUCUGAUCCAGUAUAGUAUAGACAAACCUAGUUUUAUUAAAGGCCUGUUACAGAAUAUAGGAACACAUGUAGACCCUAUUAUCCUUAUUGCUAAGAUACAGGAAGGCAUGCACAUUCCAGGUCUGAGGGAUUCACUGGUCAAGAUAUUACAGGAUUAUAACUUACAGAUGUCACUCAGAGAGGGUUGUAAAAGGAUAUUGGUAGCAGACAGUUUCAAUCUGAUGGAUCGACUUGUGAAAACACACAAAAGAGGAAUCUCUGUUAGCAGUAGCCAGAUGUGUCAUACAUGUCAGCAAGCUGUCAUAGUCACAGAUCUCCGUUACGCAAGUAAUGCAGUGGUGUUUUUCUGUCGUCAUGUUUUCCAUGAAGAUUGCCUACCAGCCCAUUCUAUGGAGUGUUGCCCAAUAUGUAGCAGUGCCCCAAAACGAGGACCUGGAACCAAGGGUUUAGGGACCUCUAAUAUUUGAAGUGAUGGAAAUGUAAACAGUGUUCUAAAUAUCUGAUAAAUGUGCUGUAUAUAUGAUAAAUGUGCUGUGCUGGAUAUCUGAUAAGUGUGCUGGAUAGCUGAUAAAUGUGCUGGAUAUCUGAUAAAUGUUCUGGAUAUCUGAUAAGUAUGUUGGAUAUCUGAUAAGUAUGUUGGAUAUCUGAUAAGUGUGCUGGAUAUCUUAUAAGUGUGCUUGAUAUCUGAUAAAUGUUCUGGAUAUCUGAUAAGUGUGCUGGAUAUCUGAUAAAUGCUCUGGAUAUCUGAUAAGUAUGUUUGAUAUCUGAUAAGUAUGUUUGAUAUCUGAUAAAUGUGUUGGAUAUCUGAUAAGUGUGUUGGAUAUCUGAUUAGUGUGUUUGAUAUCUGGUAAGUGUGCUGGAUAUAUGAUAAGUCUGCUGGAUAUCUGAUAAGUGUUCUGGAUAUCUGAUAAAUGUUCUGGAUAUCUGAUUAGUGUGUUUGAUAUCUGAUAAAUGUUCUGGAUAUCUGAUAAGUAUGUUGGAUAUCUGAUAAGUGUGCUGGAUAUCUUAUACGUGUGCUUGAUAUCUGAUAAAUGUACUGGAUAUCUGAUAAGUGUGCUGGAUAUCUGAUAAAUGUUCUGGAUAUCUGAUAAGUAUGUUUGAUAUCUGAUAAGUGUGUUGGAUAUCUGAUUAGUGUGUUCGAUAUCUGGUAAGUGUGCUGGAUAUAUGAUAAGUAUGUUUGAUAUCUGAUAAGUAUGUUUGAUAUCUGAUAAGUGUGUUGGAUAUCUGAUUAGUGUGUUCGAUAUCUGAUAAGUGUUCUGGAUAUCUGGUAAGUGUGCUGGAUAUAUGAUAAAUGUUCUGGAUAUCUGAUUAGUGUGUUUGAUAUCUGAUAAGUGUUCUGGAUAUCUGAUAAAUGUUCUGGAUAUCUGAUUAGUGUGUUUGAUAUCUGAUAAAUGUUCUGGAUAUCUGAUAAGUGUUCUGUAUAUCUGAUAAAUGUUCUGGAUAUCUGAUUAGUGUGCUGGAUAUCUGAUAAAUGUUCUGGAUAUCUUAUAAGUGUGCUUGAUAUCUGAUAAAUGUUCUGGAUAUCUGAUAAGUGUGCUGGAUAUCUUAUAAAUGUUCUGGAUAUCUGAUUAGUGUGUUUGAUAUCUGAUAAGUGUUCUGGAUAUCUGAUAAAUGUUCUGGAUAUCUGAUUAGUGUGUUUGAUAUCUGAUAAGUGUUCUGGAUAUCUGAUAAAUGUUCUGGAUAUCUGAUUAGUGUGCUGGAUAUCUGAUAAAUGUUCUUGAUAUCUGAUAAGUAUGUUUGAUAUCUGAUAAGUGUGUUGGAUAUCAGAUAAAUGUGCUGGAUAUCUGAUAAGUGUGCUGGAUAUCUUAUAAAUAGUCAAGGUAUCUGAUAAGUAUGUUGGAUAUCUGAUAAGUAUGUUGGAUAUCUGAUAAGUAUGUUGGAUAUCUGAUAAGUGUGCUGGAUAAAUGUUCUGGAUAUCUACUAAAUGUUCUGGAUGUCUGAUAUGUUGGAUAUCUGUCACAUGUUGUGGACAUCUAUCAAGGAUGCUGAAAGUCAGACAAUUUUUUUGUAAGAGACCUUCUCCUGAAUCAAAUGACUCAUUGUGUUUGAAAUCUGAAGCUGGAGGGAUUUACAUUUUACUGAAGCAGAUACUGUUGUAUUGUUUACAGUUUAAAAACA